AUGGUUUGGACCUAUCGGAAGCAAACAGUCAACGGUGGGGAUUUUGUUUGUACCCACUUUGAACCAGUGGAGACCAUAGACUGCCCGAGGGGCCUCAUUUCAUAUGUUCGCGCAGCACUUGAUGCAUUGGAGAUUCGCAACGGGGCGACCCACACGGAAGUGAUGGUAACAGCGGAUGGCCCUUGCCUAGUGGAGGUGAACACGCGGAUGGUCGGCGCCGAUGGGUGCCACAUAUCUUUGGCACGGUUGCUGACAGGGACAUCACACCCUGAUGCAACCCUUGAUUGUGCCAGCCAGAAACGCUUUGAUGCACUACCUGAUAUUCCCAGAGCUUUUCAAGGGUCAGGUCUGAUUGUUCCCCUCGUGUCCUACUUUUCCGGCCGAGUUGAAAGCACACCAGGAUACGAGAGAAUGAAGAACAUGGUGUCCUUCCUUGAACUGUGCAGUUUCAUCUCCGCUGGAUCUGAGGUGCAAGUCACGCUGGAUUGUUUUACCUGUGCUGGUUUUUUGGUGCUUGCGGGUUCCCAUGAACAGGUGUGGGCAGAUCUGGAAAAGGUUCGCCAACUUGAGAAAGAAGGCUUGUUUUGCUUCACUGAGGCAAGGUGUUCAGCCUGA